CUCACUGGUCUUCUUCAGCUUUUCCUAAUAGAUUGUGAGAUUCUGAUUGAUCUUCCGAUUAUUGACCAGAGUCGGAAGUUCAGCGGGUUUGGUCUUGUGGAUUCGUCCCAAUUGGCUUUUUCCGGAAUCUUUAGUUGAUUUUGGUUUCAAAGAGGUAAAUUAAGGUUUUCUCUGUGGAGAUGUUGGGGACGGGAUUGCAGUUCGGGCGUGCUCAUGGGGAGGAUCGAUUUUACAAUCCGGUGAAAGCCAGGAGGAACCAUCAUCAUCAUCAACAGCAACAGCAACAGCAGCAGCAACAACAGCAGCAACCACAACCACAACCACAACCACAACCACAACCACAACAACAACAACAACAACAGGUUCAUAGAACUAGGAGUAGUGGAACUGUGAACACGGCGGUGGUAACGAAGGGCAAGGCCGUAGUUUCAGACAACAGAGAGCCGGAGAACCGAGCGGUAUCUGAAGAGACAUCGAAGCCUAUUGCUAUGCCGGCUUCAGAAUCAAUUAUUGCUUCUCCGAGUAAUCUCGAUCGUUUCCUGGAGUCAACAACACCAUCUGUUCCUGCGCAGUACCUCUCUAAGACAAGGAUGCGAGGGUGGAGGACUUGCGAUGUCGAAUUCCAACCUUUCUUCACCCUCGGUGAUCUAUGGGAAUCUUUUAAGGAAUGGAGUGCAUAUGGCGCAGGUGUACCUUUGAUACUGAACGGCAGUGAUUGUGUCAUUCAAUAUUAUGUCCCGUACUUGUCCGGCAUCCAAAUAUAUGGUGACUCAAGGUCGUCUGCUAAGUCGAGGCGACCUGGGGAGGACACUGAUGGUGAUUAUUAUAGAGAUUCAAGUAGUGAUGGAAGUAGUGAUUGUGAACUUGAAAGGGGCAUGAAAUCCUCAAGGGAGCUUUUGAAUCGUCACCAUCUAAUCAGUGAGGUCCCUCUUCGUAUGGACAGGUUGUCUUUGUUAGACAAGCACAUUUGUACACAAGAAGGCUCUUCUAGUGAUGAUGGUGAAGCUGGGAAUUCACAAGGUAGCUUGCUUUUUGAGUUUUUUGAACAGGAUCCUCCUUACAGUCGAGAACCUUUGGCUGACAAGAUCUCAGAUCUUGCAUGCCGAUUUCCUGAACUAAAGACACUCAGAAGUUAUGAUUUGCUUCCAGCCAGUUGGGUCUCUGUGGCAUGGUAUCCAAUAUACAGGAUACCCACAGGACCAACCUUAAGAGAUCUGGAUGCUUGCUUUUUGACAUUCCAUUCUCUUUCUACACCUAUUCGAGGUGCUGGAAGUGGACAGGCUCCUGUUGUUACCUACCCUAAUGGGAUGGAAGGUGUCCCCAAGAUUUCCUUACCUGUUUUUGGCUUGGCCUCAUAUAAGUUCAAGGGGUCAAUGUGGACUCCUAAUGGUGGAUGUGAGCGUCAACUGGCUAACUCACUCUUGCAGGCUGCAGACAACUGGUUAAGGCUGCUUCAAGUCAGUCACCCAGACUUUCAGUUCUUUGCUUCACAUGGCAGGCACAUGCUGUAGUUGAAACAAAAAUAUGCUAUAGCCACAUUGUCUCUUCCAUUCCAGAAGGCCCAACCUAUUCCAUGGUUAAUUCAACGGUAAACCAAUGGUUACUGUUGCAAAAAUCUAGAUGGCAACCCUCUUAUGGAUUGCUCAGGUUGUUUUCCUGUUAUCUUUGUGAUCGAGGGAAAAAAGAAAAAAACUGUGAGGAUGGAAAGUAAAAUUUAAAAAAAAAAGAAGAGGAUACAUGUGAGUGUUUAUGCCAUGGAAGGAGAGCUUAAUAAGACUCAAGAAAGUAAGUGCAGUUAAAAAGACAAGCUGUGCUAGCUGAGGUAGACAAGGUUUAAAAAGAAAUGGUUUGGCAUGUUAAGUUGGCGGUUGGGUGAGUUUCUUCCUGCUUGCUUUCUUAUACAUAUAUAUAAUAUAAUAUUUAUUAUAAGUAUAUUAUG